AUGGUUGGGCAGGCGGCAGCAGCGGCGGCGGGGUUGGGCCCUGGGCAGCUGGAGCGCAGAAGCGCCUGGGGCCGGAGCCGAGGCGCGGUGCUGCUGCUCUUCUUCUCGCUGUCGCCGCGGCCGCCUGGCGGAGCGGCGUGGCUGCUGGGGCUGCGGCCGGAGGACACGACGCCCGGCCGCGUGUGGCUCGAAGGGGGAGCGCUACGGGCGGCCGAGGGCGCCCGCUUCUUGUUGCGCCUCUACUUCCAGCCGCCGGCCGAAGGGAACGCCAGCAGCAACAGCAGCGGCGGCAGCAGCAGCGGGCCACAGCGGAGCGAGCGCCGCUUGGUCUUCGUGGAGGAGCCGGCCAAGGCGGAGCGCUGUCCCGAGCGCAGCGCCUGGGCCUCGGAUGUAGAGGUGCUGGGCCCGCUGCUUCCCGGAGGCUCGACCGGCUCGGCGUUGGCCGAGGUGAGGGUGCGCCAGCCGCGCAAGGGCGAGCCGGGCGCCGGGCCCGAGGGGCGCCGCUUCUGGCUGUGCGCGUGGGACGGGCGCGCCUGGCAGCUGCACGGCGCUCCGGGGGGCUUCGUGCUGCAAGUGGAGGCGCCGGCGGCGGGCUUGGCCGCGGGGUUGGUCCCGCUGCCCGCCGAGAGUUGGCUGCGGGCGCUGGGCGCGCUCGUGCUGCUGGCCCUGUCGGCGCUCUUCAGCGGCCUGCGCUUGGCCGUGCUGUCGCUCGACCCGAUGGAGCUGCGCGUGCUGCGCAACAGCGGUUCGGCGGCGGAGCGGGAGCAGGCGCGCAAGGUGGAGGCUGCGCGCGGCCGCGGCGGGAGCGGCACGUACCUGCUAUGCACGCUACUGCUUGGGCAGGCCGGAGCCAACGCAGCGUUGGCGGGCUGGUUGUGCGCCGCGCUGCAGGCCAGCCAUAGCCCCCUGCCGGAGGCCAGCGAGGGCGUGCCAUGGCUGCCCGUGCUGCUCUGCACCGGCGUGGUCUUCCUGGGCGGAGAGGUGCUGCCUUACUCGGUGUGUUCCCGCCACGGGCUGGCCAUCGCUGCGCAUACUCUCUUCCUGACCCGCCUGCUCAUGGCCGCUACCUUCCCAAUCUGCUACCCGCUCAGCCGGUUGCUGGACUGGGCCCUGCGCCAGGAGCUGAGCACCUUCUCCACGCGGGAGCACCUGUUAGAGACCCUGCGAACUGCUGACCCCCAUGGUGACCUGGUGAGUGAGGAGCUGGCCAUGGUGCAAGGUGCCCUGGAGCUGCGCACCAAGGUGGUGGAGGAUAUCCUGACGCCCCUGAACGACUGCUUUAUGUUGCAUUCUGAUGCCACGCUGGACUUUGCCACCAUUUCUGAGAUCCUGCGCUCAGGCUACACGCGCAUCCCGGUCUACGAAGGGGAGCGGCGAGACAACAUUGUGGACUUGCUGUUCGUCAAGGACUUGGCCUUUGUGGAUCCAGAUGACUGCACCCCGCUGCAGACCGUCACCCGCUUCUACCACCGCCCACUACACUGUGUCUUCCACGACACCCGCCUAGAUGCGCUGCUCGAGGAGUUCAAGAAGGGUAAAUCACACCUGGCCAUUGUGCAGCGAGUGAAUGAUGAAGGGGAAGGAGACCCUUUCUAUGAGGUGAUGGGGAUUGUCACCCUUGAGGAUGUGAUUGAAGAGAUCAUCAAAUCUGAGAUUCUGGAUGAGACAGACCUCUACACUGACAAUCGGAAGAAGGAGCGGGCACCCCAUCGGGGUAGGAAGCCCCACGACUUCUCCACUUUCCGGCUUUCGGAUAGUGAGAUGAGGGUGAAGAUCUCCCCACAGCUGCUGCUAGCCACACACCGCUUCAUGGCUACAGAGGUGGAGCCCUUCAAGAUGCCGUAUCUCUCGGAGAAGAUCCUGCUGCGGUUGCUCAAACACCCCAAUGUCAUCCAGGAGAUGAAAUUCGACUACAAGAACAAGCAAGCCCCCGAACACUACCUCUACCAGCGCAACCGGCCAGUUGACUACUUUGUGCUCAUCCUGCAGGGAAAAGUGGAGGUGGAAGUGGGGAAGGAAGGGCUGCGGUUUGAGAAUGGGGCCUUCACAUGCUAUGGUGUCCCAGCCAUCAUGGCGCUUGUCAGCUCAGAUAACGACGUGCGCAAAAUGAGCAGUCUGGCUGGGUCAUCUUUCCUGUUGCCUGUGUCCAUGUCCCGUACCUUCGCCUUCAGCAGAGGGGAAUCUUUGGCUGGCUCCCCAGUGAACCAGUCGCCAUCCCGUUGCAGUGGAUUAAACCGCUCCGAGUCCCCCAUCCGAGAGCGCAACGACUACGGAGGCAGCAGUACCCAACUCCACAGUGGCAGCAACAACAACAUCUAUACGCCGGAUUACUCUGUUCACAUCCUCUGUGACGUACAGUUUGUUAAGAUCACUCGGCAACAAUACCAGAAUGCGCUGGCUGCCAGCCGUAUGGAUAGCUCGCCCCAGACCCCGGACAUGGAGGUUUUCAAUGAUGGCUAUUCCACAAAGGCUCCCACCGUCAGGGGCACGCCACAGACACCCAAGGAUGAUCCUGCCAUUCUUCUGCAUGAGAGAAGCAGCAUUGUGGUGAGCCAGUCAGAUUGGCGCCUGAAGAGUCCCACAGACUCUGUGUUCCUGCACAUGGAGGGAAUCCCUCACAUCCAAGAAGAGCUGUCAGGUGGCACAGAAACCAACACACAGCAGAAAGACGAGGGCUGUAUUUUCAGGCUGGAACCCGAGACCCCAAACAGAGAAAUGGAGUUCAGCAUAUCCCCAAGUGGCCCCGAGGAGCCCCUGGGCAAGAAGUUACUCCGGACCCUUAGUGGGAGGAGAAGAAAGCCAUCGGCAGACAGCGAAAAGAGUUCAGAUGAUAAUUCCAACUUCACACCUCUCAUCACAUGAGUGGCAACAUGGCUUUGCCCCUCCCACAGGUCUGCAGCAUGACAGCCGGCCAUGACAAGAUCCAUGUGUGCGUGAUGGCACCUGCUUCUCUCUCUCACACACAUUAACCGCCCCCUACCGCCAGGGCUCACGAGUCAGCCCUUUGAGCUUGAGAGGUGGCGCCAGCACGUGGAGAGAGCUGAGCAUGAAGGCUCAGCAAAUUAUGGAAACGAGAAGAGAACAACACAUCAGUGGGGUGUGGGUCCCUGUGGGUAGCUUAGCAGGGCAACGUCCUCACCAUCUCACAACUACUUCCAGGGGGGUAAUACCCAAAGGGAGGGGGGCACGGGGCCAGGCCUCCUCCCUGCCGGAAGCGUCCAUCCUUCCUCUUGCAUGGUCCAGCACACCUGGACCCCCCCCCCCCGUGCAUGUUUGUGCAGCAACAGCAUCACCCCGUACACUCCCUCUGUAUUCAUGUGCAUCGGAACGUUAUUCAGAUCUGCCCCAGACCUCUCGGUAUCUGGGACUGGUGCCGGCUGGCAGGCUGAAGUGCAGAUCAUUCCCCUGGUCACCUUGUCACCUGUGAGUUCCAAGCAACACAAACGUGACCCUAACGGAACCCUGACCUCCAGGUCAAUUUAGAGCGUAGAGGCAGUUUUGACAUCAGGUGCCUGCAAGGGAGAAAUAAA